AGCCACGGCAGCCUGCGCCCCGCGCGUGGACGGAUGCGGCUCCAAACGUAACGUGCUGCCCGCUGCCUGCUGCUCUCUGCAUAUAUUUCUGCACAGACAGCAUCGGCCGUCGGCCCCUUCGGUCGGCCCCUGGCCUGGGCUGCCGCCUGCGCAGCAUUCCAGCCAUACCCUGAUCUCGGCACCCCAUGAAACGGUGCGCGCCCCUUCGGCGACCAGACCCGAGCUCCGAGCCGAGUCCGCCGGUCCUGCCGCCCUCGAUCCCGACCCCGAACCCGAACCCGGCCCCGGUCCCGACCCCGGCCCCGGUCCCAAUGGCAUCUGCAUCACUGAACUCAGCCGGCGACCCCCCGCCACCUGCGAUGGAGCCGGGGCCCCGGUUCUUCUGGUCGCUGGAGCGGCUUCCCGCCGAGCUGCUGCAACCCAUCGCCGAGGGUCUGAUUCCCCAGUGCCCGCUGACAACCCGCUUCGCUCUCCGCCCCUCGGGCACGUGGGAGUUCCGGGAUGCCAGCCACCAGUGGGCUGACUGGCUGGUGAGCCACCACAACCUGCUGUCCUUUGCGCAGACGUCGCGCCGCAUGGCCGCCAUCGCCAGGCCCCUUCUGUACCACACUCUCGUCAUUCCAACCGCAAGAGCCCUAGUCCUGCUCUUCCGCCGCGUAAACGAACGUCCGGAGAUCGGGCCCUGGAUUCGCAGCAUCACCUGUCUCGCCAAUGUCGCUGGUGCCGUCACCGUUGCCGAGGUGCAUCGCGAGUGGGAAAGACAGGCUGGAGGUCGUAGCUGGAACAGCCGGCAGGCGGAGACCAACGACUACGACCCGCGGAUCGGCUUAGAGCUGCUCAAGGCCAUCCUCCUGAAGGCACCCAACCUACGUGACUUCCUCCUCGCCUGCCCCGACCAUGAUCUCGUCCCGCGCGACGCUGAGCCCCCAGAUCAACUGCUUCCUAACUUCCGGGAUGCUGUUCUCCGCUACCGGACCGAGUUCUCGCCCGCCGCGUCGGAAGCGGUAUUGAAUUUCGUCCCGCUCGGGCUCAUGCGCAACUUGACUUCGUUGCGCAUUUACUGCCACCGUGAAGACGGCGACCGCCAGCUGACGCUGUCCCGCCUCCUGGCUGAUCACGUCGUUGAGACCUUACAGUUGCUGCCUCAUGUCAAGACGCUAGAACUUUGUUGCGCGUCAGCCGACAAGCUCCGGGCGCCCGACAUCGUUCUCCCGCCAUUACCCCACAUCGAGCACCUCCGCCUCUACGGCAGUCACAUCCAUGAGCCAAGGCUGGUUGCCCUGUGCCUGGCCUGCGUUAACCUCCAGUCGCUGGUCGUGCACUUCGAGUCGAGCUCGACCGACGAGGACAGAGAUCUGCUGCCCGAGGGCAAGACGCUGAACGAGGCGCUUGCCGGGCUGGCGGGGUCGUUGCGCAUGCUCGAGCUGGUCGCCCUGUCCGAGGGGCAUUACUUGACGCGCGGAAGGGAACGGCCAAGGAAACCGGAAAACCAUCGGCUGACCUGCAUCCCCGAGCUGGUGCGACUGGACCGCUUGACGCUGGACUACCGGGGCGUCUUCGGCACGCUCGGGAUUCUGGAGGAAGACGACGGGGAGAGACUGUGCCAGCUGCUCCCGCCCUCGCUCCGCGACUUUACGCUAGUGUGCGAGUGGGGCACCGCGAGGGACUGGAAGCAGAGCUACCUUGCCAACUUGGACAUGGUCCUCCACGGCGUCGAGUGUCUCUGCGCCAGCCCGUCCCACCGGCUGUCCAGCAUCUCGCUCGCUAUACACUCGUGGCCGGCGGAAAGCCGAUUCCACAGGCGGUUCAAGAGAGAGGUCGAGGCGGCGAGGCAACGCUGCGCAAGGGCGGGCAUCCUCUUCAGGACUUUUGACCUGCUGCCGUCGUACCAGGACGAGGACGAGAUAGAUCCCGUGGAGGAGGGGCAGGAGGAGUCUGACGAAGCGGGGGAUGAAGACGAGCACGAGGUUAGGGCCGAAGAAGAGCUCGCAGGGCACAUCCCGCCGGAGGAGGAACUCGAGCUCGAGGAGGAGGAUGAGGCCUCCGAGUACUAUGUCACAGAUGAAGAGGAGUCGGAUCCAGAGCGAGAAGCCCGGCGGCCGCCGACGUUUAACGCUUUUUUGCAGCGCCUCGGCGACGACCACGGGCACAGCCUGGAUGAGCUGUUCUACGCCUACCACGAGGACCGGUGGGACGAGUAUCUCUUCUGAGGACUGGGCCUGGAAGCUCGAUGAGUUUGACGUGGUCGGAAUAGUGCUGAUUCUGGUUGCUGGAACAUCCCCCGCGAGACGUCGGGGGCUCAG